UUGUGUUGAUAGUUGAUUGAGUAGUUAGCAGAGGUUCAAAUUCACCAUGGACGGCAUGUUUAGUGGCAUGAUGAAGGCCCAUAACUCGGUGAUGGAGGCGGUGGCCGAAGCAGCUCGGAAACCCAAAGUUGUGGUGGUUCCUGGGGGUAAUCCUUACCCCGCUCCUGGGGGAGCUGUACCUCCACCGGCAGCAGUGGUUCCACCAGUCGCUUGUGCUGUACCACCGGUAGGAGGACCAGGCUUCGGUGCUUAUCCUCCUACCGGAGCACCUCCAUAUCCGGACCCUCUGUAUGGUUACUUCUCAGCCGUGGCGGGUGCAGAUGGCCAGAUUGAUCAGAAGGAGCUCCAACAAUGCCUCACAUCAUCUGGGAUCUCAGGAAGUUACCAGCCUUUCAACCUAGAGACGUGUAUCCUGAUGAUCAAUAUGUUGGAUCGUGACUAUUCGGGGAAGAUGGGAUUCAACGAAUUCAAGGAGCUCUGGGGUGCUCUUAACCAAUGGAAAACUACCUUUAUGCAGUAUGACCGCGACAGGUCAGGUCAGGUUGAUGGCAAUGAACUUGCACAAGCUUUGGCUGCUUUUGGAUACAGGUUAUCCCCUCAAGCCGUUGGAGUGUUCCUGAGACGUUAUGGUGUCAACAACCAAAUCCCUUUUGACGCAUUCGUUGCCUGCUGUGUGCGCCUCAGGGGUCUUACAGACUUCUUCAAAAGACGAGAUGUUCAACAGACUGGAAGUGCUAACAUGCAGUAUGACGAUUUUAUCACUGGUACGAUGUCCUUCUAAGCUUGCAAGCAUAUACGUCCGAGAUUCCAGCAAGAUGAUUAGUCAGUGACAAUACUGCAUGUUAGAUAUCCAUUACAAAUGUCCUAUUUAUUCCAUGUAAAGGUGUUGUCAGCUCAUUAAUAUUCAUUAAUAUUCUAGAAAGUGGGUGUGGUAUGCAUAAAUUGAUAUUUGUGAUCUUCAUGGAAUAUUUUGUGAACCUUAUGGGAUAUUCUGAUGAAAUUUUGCAGUUAAAAGUGAAUCAUUCAGUUCUUCCUAUUUCCAAUAAUCCCUCCUCUCUCUCUCUCUCUCUCUCUCUCCUCUCUUGCUCAGCCCCCAUCCCCCUUUUUCUCUGCCUUCUAUGUUAUAAAUUUAGGAUAAUUUAUGUUUACCUUCUUAAUAAGAUAGUUAUUGAAUAUGUGUAUCAGUGGUUAAUAUUAAUAAUAACAUAGUUUAUUCAUGUCAUUAUCAAUAGUGUGUGAAUUGAUAUCUAUAAAUCAUGAAAAAUGAUAUAAAUCAUCAAAAACAAAAUUAUGAGGUCUUUGAUUUGGUUUCUAGAUAGAGAAUAAUUCUUGUUGCCUUACAGCAAUCCUUAGUCUUUCAAUUUCAAAUGUAUCUCUUAUUUACUUUAUAUAUAAUGUAAUCAAGGUAGCUCAUCUCUUGAGUGCACACUGGAUUAUUUUGAGUGACACUGGAUUAUUUUAAGUUUGGUGUUAGAUGUUGGUGUUGACGUUAAGGUGAGGAAAGCACCAGCCCAACAACACCAGUCUUCAAAUUAUGCUAGUGUUUGCUGUAAGAUUUUGGUAUUUCAUUUAUUAAGCCCACCCAUGAACUCUGAGGUUCCAUGACAUUUGCUCUAGCGACAAUUGCUCUGCUGUAAAUUUCUCUUACCAAUGAAAUGACCAACUUCAACCCUGGAUUUAACACUAUACCCUAUCAUAAUCCUAACCCUAAACCUUAAGUAAAAUCCUUUUGCAACCCUUAACCUUACCCCCUAUCUUAGAUGAAAUAAAUCACAGAGAAAUAGUCGCAGGAGCAAAUGUUAUGUCACCAUUAUGGAUCUGUUGUAACAGCUGGAUACACUCUUUAACACCUGAAUUUGUUCUUAAUGUCCAUAUUAACACAUAAGCACCUUACUUUAAUAAUUUUCAUUGUGAAGCAGUAGGAUUUAUAAGUGGAGAAACUUCUUUGUUAAGAAAACUUCUACGUUGAGAAAAUAGUGCACAUCUGUACAAGCUUUAUUGUUGCAUUCAAUCAUAAUUGUUUCACAACUCUUAAAUUGGUUCUUAUAUUAUGUUACGGAACGUCUCAUAAUCCAUCUUUUCAAAGAUUUUCACGGAAAGCUGUUAUAGACUACUGAAAUAAAAAGAGCUCAUUGGCUGAGAGAAUGAUUGUCAUUAAUCUCAGUAUGUACAUUGAAAAUAGCAGCCAAUAAUGAAUGCGUGCUCUUGCCACAGCGAGCCAAAUUGACACUUGUUAGGUUACUUUAUUCAGGAGUUUCUGUUUCUGUAAAUUAACUAGAAUCGAGAGUGGACUCCUGAAUGCUGCGAACUGAGUAACAAGCGUCAGUUUACCGCACCGUGUACAUGCAUUCAUUAUUGGGUAUGCUUUCUCAAUCUACGCAUUGAAUUUAGUGCAAUCAAUGCAAAAACGUCUGCAAUAGACCAUGGUUAAAUCCCCUGAUUGCCUUGGUGAAUCAGGGCAUUUUUUAGUACAGUCAACACUAUGAAUACAUCCAGGAUCCACAAAACAAAUGCUUUUGAUUUCAAUAACAAACACCCACCAUUUCUUCUCUCGCUCCUUACGUACGUGAUGAAAAGUAAAGUAUUAAAUUAGCACUUUUAAGAGCUUCUAUAGCGACUGCACAUAGGUGCUGUGCAGUGCCGCUUUUCUGUGCAUAUGGGCAAUUCUAAUUUUAAAAAAUCAGGUAACGACCACAAACUUUACACCUGCAAUACAUAGACAGAUAUUCAUUAAAAAAACAUUUGAGUCAAAGUGGUAAAAUCAUAUUGAAUUUUGGACAUUUCAUGUAACAAUCUCAAACUGCUGCCUUUCUCAUCAAUAUCCCUGAAUCAUGUCUGAAGUGAAUGGAUGCCGAGAAAUGGGGCACCAUAAUUUUGUCAAUCUGGAAAUGACUUGCCGCAAUAUUUUUGCCCAAAAAAAUUGAAUUAUAUUUUUCUCAAUAUUUUAUGAGAUUUCGGGCAAAUUUACUCUCAGGAACAAUAUCAACUGAAAAUUCAGCACAUUAUUUGCUGUUUUGAGCAUCCCAAGGGCUGCAAAACAGCACAUGAAGUAUGUCACUAUACAAGCUCUUAUAAGUGUUGAUAUAGUACUUUAUUCUUAAGAGCGUAACUUUCCCAUUAUGCAAAAUCAUUAAGGAGAUGAAUUGUUAUGGUUCUAUUUCAAGAUUUUUUUUUGUUGAUAUGUCAUUUGUUUUUCAAUAUUUGUCUUAAAUAUAUGUUUCAUUUUGCUUUUCAUUCCUUGUACACGUAUAAAAUGGUUGUCGUGUAGGAAAAUCCCCAGUACUAGUUUUAUUAUUUGUCAUAUUAUCCUUUUUAAAAGGAGGAUUGGGCCCAUUUGCACAAAAAAAUCUAGUAAGUUAAUUUUGCCUAUAUGGUUUCAUGGGAAAUUAGAUCGGUCACAAAAAAAGAAAAAAAAAACAAAUCAAGGUGUCCAUGGUAAAUACCAUAAUGGUAAGGUUACUAUAAUCCUAAUUAUUUUUAGAGAAGGGUCCCGAAGCCCAUUACCAUUUAAUGUUAACUACCUUGGUUUACUCCGAGUUCAUCAGCCAGUAACGAAAUCAAUCUUACCAUGAUAGUUACCAUUGAUCUCAAAAUAAUUUUCAACAUUAAUUUUUGUAUGCAAUGGGCCUCAAUAUCGCUGAAUAGUUUAUGCUUUCGUUUUGUGGUAGUAUAUGUACAUCACACGUAAUAACAUUAGUAGAUAUUAAUCUAA